UAGACUUCCGUAAACAUGUCAUAUUUCAAAAAUUAAUAAUUUUAAGGGCGUAUUCGGUAACAACGAACUUUUAAGCACUUUUCAUAUAGUCUUGAAUAACAGUAUAGCAUAAGUGAGAUGACGGAGCAGUUAGAAGUAGCUGUCAAGUCUGGGAGGGUGGAUGUUGUUAAAAGUUUCUUGUCCACGUUGCAAGAAAAUAAAGAGCAUGAUACCUUGUUGAAUCAAGUCCUGAAAGAGCCGUGUUAUGAUGGGGAAACACUUCUUCACCUUUCAUCGAAGGAGGGUCAGUUUGACAUUGUAAGGCUGUUGAUAUCAGCUGGAGCUGAUUCUACUGUUCUAGAUAAGGAUGGAAAAUUGGCCUACAAUGUUUCAGCAUCAGAAAAAACAAAGUCUGCUUAUAGAGAAUGUCUUCUACAGGCUGCAUCUCAAUCCAACAUCAGUCAGGUAGAACAGCUGGUCAGAGGUGGAGUAACUCUUAAUUUCACAGAUUCACAGGAGAGCAUGAAUACACCCCUGCACUGGGCAGCUAGCUUUGCAGAUGUUAAAACAGUUGAAUGCCUUUGUCGAUAUGGUGCAGAUGUUCAUGCUGUAAAUUGUGAUGGAGGUUCACCAUUACAUGAUGCUGUCGUGAGAGGUAACCUUGACAUUGUCCACUGUCUGCUGCAAUAUGGAGCUGACCCUGCCCUCCAGAUAUCUCAAGGAAAAGCUGCAGGGAAGACGUGUUUUGAGCUUGCUGAAGGUAAACCAGAGAUUCUGAACCUGCUGAACAAUCCUCCAGCAGUUAUACAGCUAGAUAAAGUAGAGUCACAGACAGAAUUGAGCACAGAUGACAGUCUGGCUGCUGGAGAUCAAAACAAGUUGAAGUUGUCAUUACCUAAUGGUGAUGUACCUACAGCAAAUCAUGUUGCCUCCCCUUCCCCCAGUGAUGGACCAGCCACACCCCAGCUCAUGUCACCAGUUUUCAAGAGAACUCCAGUGUUAGACAUUACCAGGAAGCCUCCACAGGUUGUUACAGAGGAGAAGUUGAGCCGUUUAUGGCCACAGCCACAGAGCAUUGAACAGCAGGAGGGAUAUCCCUUCCACAUUAGAAAACCUGCCUUACCUGUCAUGAUCAGUGUUGCCACAGGGACUGCUUUGAGAGAAAUCAAGAAAGUUUGGACUCUCCAGAAGGCAAGAUUCGAAGGCAUGAAUCUGAAGCUGGCUUUAGAACCUUUCACGCCUCUUAGUGACAUGGAUGACCCACAUAUUAUAUGCUGUGUCAGUGAGAGGCUUUGUCCUGGAAAAGGAGCUUAUAAACUUACUGUUAUGCAAAAUCAGAUAAAGGUCUUAUCCAACAGUUGUACCAGUCUCCACUAUGCAAUAUCCACCCUGGUGCAGUUGUUCAGAAUGUACAGAGAUGAGGAGAAAAAUGAAAUACAAAUACCACAACUGAGAAUAGAUGAUUGGCCUGAUUUGCCGUACAGAGGUGUAUUGUUUGAUAUAUCACAGGGUAGAGUUCCAAAUAUGGAAACGUUUAAAGAAACAGUUCUAUCAUUAUCCUUACUUAAAGUUAAUCAGAUCUAUUUAUAUACAAGAUUCAGGAAUUUGGAACAGAUAGUUUGGCAGGUGUAUUACGGAAUGGAAGAGUUGACAGAUCUGGAUGAGUUUUGUCAUGACUAUGGUAUAGAACUGAUUCCUGUGUUAGAGGUAGCACCCUCUGUACAGUACGAUGAUUUGCAACAGAUGUAUGCCGUCUUCCAAGAUUUCUUGACAUGUUUUAGUUUUAAUGAAUUUGUAAGCGUAGGUCCGAGACUUAGUACCUUCUUGCUGGAUGUUGACGACGACAAUGAGCUCAGUGUGUCCGACUGCGCCACCAUGUUACCUGUACGCUCUGACCAGACCAUUCAACUAUGUGGCUACCCGUUACAUGACCUCAACCCCAAUACUUUGUCACAACUACCCCCGCAUCUUGUUUUUAAUGAAUAUGGAGUGCAGGCCACUCAUAAUUUUACAGAGAUCUGCAAGCCAUUAUCAAAGCAAGGAAUGAGUUACUUGGUAUGUCCAGGUACAUCGGCAUGGAACAGUUUAGCCGGUUGUCCGGAGGCGGCCAUUACAAAUGUUUAUAAUGCCGUAAAGUGUGCACUAUCUGAUGGUGCCAUAGGGAUAAUGGUGUGUAAUUGGUCUGGCAAGGGUCACAUAACUCACCUUCCAUUCUGCUGGCCAGGAUUCCUGAUGGGGGCGGGGCUAAGCUGGAAUGCUGAUUGUCAUUGGGAGUUUUGCCUAGGAAAUUUAGAAGAGUUACUUAACCUUCAUAUAUUUCGUGCAGAGAAAGGGGUUAUAGGUCAUGCAAUAGUGGAACUGGGUAGAGCCGAAACCUACCUUGUUAGGUGUGCUAGGUGUCAAACAGGUGAUGAUUGUUCGGACUUACCAUCAGACAAUGGCUCAUUGCUGUAUCAAUUCCUUCUAAACCCUGACAACUCCAUCAUAGAAAAUCUCACUCCAGAAAUUCUACAGAGAGUGAAUCGACAUGUAAGGAAAUGCCAGAAUGAAUUGAAAACAGCAGAACUCCAAUGUACACAGGGUGCUAGUAUAGUGGCAGAACUACAACAUACAUGUGAUCUUAUGUUAUUGGCUGUGAAAAUAGGAAGAGCUUUGGUUAUGUCAGGACGAAACCCGAGUACACAGGCAGGUUGUAGUGUUGUCAAUCUUGGUAUAAGCAACCUUCCACCAACUGUAAAAACAGAUCUAGCAAACAGACUACUGGAGUUGCUGGAAGUGUAUGAAUCACUAUGGAAACAACGAUAUCUAGAACAUGGACUCAACUACUCUAUAUCAACAUUAAAGAAUAUUUUGAAACAGUUUAUACCAGAUACAAACGCUAAGGCAAAAUCUGAUAGUGAAAAUUCAUAGUGAGAGCUGUAUUUAAGUUGGAAGUUGUAUGUUACAAGCAUAAGAAUCUUUUCAAAAGGAGUAAACAAUAAUAGGGUCCAUAUUCAUUAACGUCCAGUCUUUAACUUAGACCAUAAAAGGCUAACUUUUCUUUUUGUUUCUUAGAUAAGCAUAGACUGUGAUGAAAGUAUGCAUGAAUGUGCAUCCUACCACAGCUAGCUAAGCAAAGUUUUCUUUGUGCUUGUAAAAUUAGUAUAAGCUGUGAUAAAAGUUUACAUGUAUGAGAAUCCUACCACAGUGAUUACAGAUAACUCAGCUAAAUUUUCUUUUUGCUCUGUUGUUGUAAAAUUAGAGUUACUUGUGAUGAAAGUUUGCCUAUAUGUGCAUCCUACCACAGUGACUAUAGAUAGUUCAGCAAAAUAUCAUAAGUAUAAAUUUUUUAUAAGCAAAGUUACUGCAAAUUGAACAUUUGACCCCCUUAAGUCUAAGUUUUAGUCAAUGUUUAAAGUCUCAUACUUAGACUUUUAAAAGCUAAAUUUUCUUUUUGAUCCAUCAUGCUUAGAUCAGCAUUGAUUGCAAAGAAACUUUGCAUAAAGAGUUUUAAUGUGGAAAACAGUUCUGCGAGUUCCUAGCAUCAUAUUAAUUUUAAAGAUAAGCAUGGCAAAUUAAAUACAAUUUUCAUGUAUAUUACAUUCUUCAAUAUAAGUUUCAGAUUGUAAACUUUGAUACAUAUGGCCCCAUAUCUCACAACAGUGCUGAAAUUUCAAUUUCGAUGAAAUGACCCAGUGCUACAAUGAAUAUACAAGGACAUUUUAGAGGCUUUAAUAAGUUAGCUAUGUUUUAUUGAAAAGUGAUACACACAUGUAUCUAUGGAUUCUUUAAGUUUGUUCAAAAAUUAGUGUUCCAUUUAUUUUUGUAGCUAUUUUCUUGCAUUUGUUUUUGAUAACUAUGGCUUUUGUAAAUGCACACACACACACACACACACACACACACACACAUACGUUCAAAAUUUUUAUAUUUGUAUAAGAAUAAUUUUAUAUUUACAAGGUAGACUAUUUUAAGUUAAAGAAUAAAUACUACAAGUUUAAAGUUAUUGCCUAUGCCACAGUAACUGAACAUGUUCAAAGUAAAUAUCAAAUAUAAUUACUUUGAAAUCUUUGAAUUUCUCUGGUAUGAAAUCUCAUGGUUCCAACCAGAAUUUGUUGUUUGGUUAGAUAAGAUUUAUUUUCAGUCUACAAGACUGCAACAAGCAACAUAAAUGAUUAUAAGCAUUUACAGCUGAUUAUUAUAUCUCCCCCGUAGGUGGGGGAGACAUAUUGUUUUUGCCUUUGCCCUCUCCGUCCAUCCCUCCGUCCGCAUUAAGCUUGUCGGGUUUUCACAGGCAAAACUGCUGGUCGGAUUUCGACGAAACUUCACAGGAGUGAUCAGUACCAAGCCUAGUUGUGCAUAUCGCCGGCACAUUUUGCUUCGCUGCACAAAAUGGCCACAAGAGCUAAAAAUAGAAAAAUAUUGUCUAGCUUUCACAAGUCAAACUGCUGGCCGGAUUUCGACGAAACUUCACAGGAGUGAUCAGUACCAACCUACCCUAGUUGUGCAUAUCAUGUUCCGCUUCGCUGCACAAAAUGGCCACCAGAGCUUAAGAUAGAAAAAUCUUGUCUAGCUUUCACAGGUCAAACUGCUGGACAGAUUUCAACGAAACUUCACAAAAGUGAUCAUUACCAAGCCUAGUUAUGCAUAUCGCCGACACGUUCUGCUUCACUGCACAAAAUGGCCGCCAGAGCUAAAGGUAUGCAUAGGGGGAGACAUAUGUUUUUGUGACAAAAUCACCUUCUAGUUAUAUAUUGAUUUUUGGAAUUUCAAAUUUUACAGAUAUUUUAUGCUCAAAUUUCAUAUCAGCUGAUGGACCAAAAUAUUUGAUACAAAUGAAAAGCCACAUUCAGUUAGUAUAAGUUGUAUACUUACCAGCUUAAAACUUGUAGACUUGAAGAGGGGCUAAUAUGUAGUAAAAGAGGUUUCAUUGACAAAUUUAAGACUGUUGAAUUGGCAGUUGUGCUUAUGAAACCAAGUGACAGGUAGCAGCUCUCUUAUAAUGUUUUUGAGAGGGCAUUGGGACACAGUAAAAGGGAAUCAAGGGUGUUUGUAUAUAAUCCAUAAAAAUAUAACAAAGUGGCCUUAUUUAGUAAAUGAUUGUAUUCGAGGUUUCUUAAUAGAUGUUUUUUCCGAGUUGAUAAAUAUUUUGCAGAUUAGCAGUUUUAGUUUUGGGUAAAUUGUGACUUAUUCAUUAGAAAUCGGUUAAACAAUUAAAUUUUGGACAAUUAUUAUGCAGUGGCAUUUAAUUUGAAAUGGUAGUGAUUAUUCAGGAAGGGGUCAGUCACAAUUCACUUUCCAAGAGAGAUAUUUUUAGGACAGUGGACCCGUAAUGACAAUGGACAAUUUACGUAUUAUCUGUAUAUGAUUUCACCAUUGUCCGGUUUUCACGUAAAGCCGCGUGGGCUUUGUUGAUGAAUGUGUAGAGAAUAUAUCUUCAUAUGGAAAUUGCAAUGUCAUUACAUGUCCUCUAACUGGGAAAAUUAUAUGAUUUCACCAUUGUCCGGUUUUCACGUAAAGCCGCGUGGGCUUUGCUGAUGAAUGUGUAGAGAAUAUAUCUUCAUAUGGAAAUUGCAGUGUCAUUACAGGUCCUCUAACUGGGAAUACUGAGCACAACAUCUGAUGAAGAACCUUAAAAGAAUUUUAAUAGGGUAUGGCUUAAAAGACAAAGUAUAACUUGUACAUUAGUAAUGUGUAGUAGAUAAUUUUGGUUAUAAUAUCGCUUUGUGGAGUCUAGAACAUGGAACUAGCUCUUUUGUGACUGUACUAUUCACACAAACAGGGAAGUGUGUUGCUAUCAUAUUAUAAACCUGGGGGAAAACGUAUGUUUAUAUAAUUAUACAAAUGUGUAGCUUAUUUACUACCUACAUUUGCUUUGAGGGCACGCAUGGUAAUAAUCAUGGUUCUUUUGUCAAUGACUGAACUUCUUAGAACAGAACUUGUGUGAUUUCUAUUUAGUUUUUUUUAGAGAAUUACUGUUAUUGAUGUUAAGAAAAUAUUUUAUUUUAUAAAGUACGAUUUUCGGUUGUAAAGGUACGACUUUCCUCAAAACCUGUUUGUCAAGUUUGUGCAAAAAGUAUGACAGAUUUAUAAGUAAAUAUAAAGUCAAAGUUUUGAUUUCUUUAAACGGCUUUUAUAAUGAUAAGGGGUCGAGUACGUCAAUAUUACAGCCAGUACUGUUACAGACAUUAAUGCAGCAGUCAUAAGUGGCAUUCAUUACAGUUGCAGCCAGUACUGUUACAGCAAUGACUGGCAGCCAUGACAGUUAGAGUCAUUACAGUUGCAGUCAUUACUGUUGCGGCCAUUACUGUGGCAGCCAUUAUUGUUGCAGACGUAACUGUUACAGAAACUAAUGUUACAGCAAAUACUUUUGCAGACAUUACUGUUACAGCAAUUACUGUCACAACCAUUACUGUUGCAGCCAUUACUGUUACAGUCAUUACUGUCACAGCCAUUACUGUUACAGCAAUUUCUGGCAACCAUUCCUGUUACAGCCAUUACCGUUACAGUUAUUACUGUUGCCACCAUUAUUGUUACAGUCAUUACUGUUGCAGACAUUACUGAUACAGUCAUUUAUUAGCUCACCUGUCACGAGGUGACAAGGUGAGCUAUUGUGACCGCUUGAUGUCCGUCGUGCGUCAACAAUUUCUAAAAAAAUCUUCUUCUUGAAAACCACUGGGCAGAAUUACACCAAACUUCACAGGAAUGAUCCUUGGGUGGCCCCCUUUCAAAAUUAUUCAAAGAAUUGAAUUCCAUGCAGAACUCUGGUUGCCAUGGCAACUGAAAGGAAAAACUUCUUGUCCAAAACCACAGGCCCUAUGGCUUUGAUAUCUGGUGUGUAGCAUCAUCUAGUGGUCCUCUACCAAAAUUGUUCAAAUCAUCCCCCAAGGGUCAAAUAUGGCCUCGCCCCGGGGGUCACAUGGUUUAUAUAGACUUAUAUAGGGAAAACUGAAAAUCUUCUUGUACAAAACCACAUGGCCUGGGGCUUUGAUAUUUGGUGUGUAGCAUCAUCUAGUGGUCCACUACCAAGAUUGUUCAAAUUACCCCCCUAGGGUCAAAUAUGGCCCCGCUCAGGGGGUCCCAAGUUUUACAUAGACUUAUACAGGAAAAAAAAGUUUAAAAUCUUCUUGUCUGAAACCACAACACUUAGACCGUUGAUAUUUGGUUUGUAGCAUUGCCUUAUGGUCCUCAACCAAAAUUGUUCAAAUUGUACCCCUUGGGUGAAAAGAGGCCCUGCCCUGGGGGUCCCAAGUUUUAUAUAGACUUAUAUAGGAAAAAGCUUUAAAAAUCUUCUUGUCUGAAACCAUACGACCUAGGCUUUUGAUAUUUGGUAUGAUGCAUUGUCUAAUAGUCCUCUACCAAAAUUAUUCAAAUUAUGCCCCUGGGGAUAAAAGAGGCCCCGCCCUGGGGUCACUUAGUUAUUAUGUGAGUUAUGUAGGAAAAAUACUUAAAAAAUCAUCUGAUCCUAUUUCCAAGACUGUUUAAUUAUAAUUACCUGAUGACCCCAAGUAAUAUGAUGUCACUUGACUGUGACCUUGACCUACUGACCUACUUUCUUGUUUUUUAAGAUACAACCUUGAAAUUUUGAUGACAUACACAGUUUUGCACACAAAUCGUAAAACUGGAUUUCAUUGACCAUGAAUGUGACCUACUGACUUUCUUAAUAUUUUAUCAUCAGUUUGACAUUUGAAAUAUGUAGCUCAUACUGGAAACCUAGAAACCUUCGCGAACACUAUAUUUCGUGUUUUUAUGACGACAGACAAUUUAGCGGCUACAAAGAUUCGCGGAAUACGCCGGUCGCGAAAUACGCUAAAACUUAUUAGCUUAAGCACAUAACAAACGGUCGCAGUAAUUGGUCAUUUAUUCUUAACACAUUAAUUUUACAAUCUACCCUACUUUGUGAUCGUGAGUGAAAUUUACGUUCCACAGUACACCGUUUGUAAUCACAAAUCACUGUAUAGUAUUAGUAGUACAAGAAAGCAGACCAAUGUCUAUACGGAUUUUUUGUGAUCAAUUUUGAUCAAACAAACACAAGCAUUAUUUUCCUGUGAUAACUGGACCAUGGCUGAGCACGGUAACAGUGUUUUAACAAUAACAUUUAUUUCUGAAACGGUAACAUAGCCAAGCUCAAACAAAUAUUUUACUAUUGUCAGUGUUUAACAUAAUUACCUAUUUUCGUUAAAACAAAAUGUUUGCAUAUUGUCACAUAAACGAUGUAUUUGUUUGUAUCACCUGUUUGCUUAAAUUACUUUAUCCGUGAUAUAAGUAUAUAAUAUAAAUAUACCAUAAUAAGAAAUUUCUACAUUAUUAAAACAUCUCAAUUAAUAAAAAAAAAUCAUGUCAAACUUUUCAUGUGCCAAGCAGUUUUCUACUACCGGCUUAGAAGAUGAAUGGCAAAUCACAACAUUGUUGUCAUGUACAAGGAAAACUACAAACUUCCGCAUUUUCAUAGUAGCUGGCUGGUUCGUGGCUACAAAACUUCGCGGAUACACAUUAACCGCGAAAGUCGCUAACUUAAAUAGCGCGAAACCAUUUCUAGGUUUACAGUAUUACUCAGGUGAGCGAUCCAGGGUCAUCAUGAACCUGCUUUUUUACUGUUCCAGCCAAUUUACUGUUACUGUUGCAGUCCUUACUGUUGCACCCAUCACUGUUACAGCCUGGACAAUUAACAGAUUUAAACAAGAAACAUGUUAUAAGUUUACUUACAUGAAUGAUAAAUUGGUGUUCAAGGUUAUAAAACUGAAGUUGGAGACCAGUCUCAGAAUGUAACACUACUAUUGGUCAAUUUCAAAAUUAAGCUUAGAAACAGCCAAUCAGAUGAAGUAUUUUGAGACUGGCAUCCAAACUCUGAUAAAACCUUGGACCAAGAAGUCAAUAAAUUAGUCUGCAUAAUAACAUUAUGUUUGACAUAUUGUACUGAAAUUUUGUGUAAAGUCAGUUUCUUUGUUGUUAAAGUUAUCAGUUAAGCCUCAAAGGCAAUAUCAUGUCUACAAAUUAUACAAGAACAAACAGUUUUUGAGGAUUUUCAUGUUAUGGGUAUUAAAUAUUUUAACCAAAUUUUAUCUGAGAUUAUAUCCUGAGGGAACAUUCAAAAUAAAAUGAGUGAAAAGA